AUGAUCAGCGCUGCCUGGUGGUAUUUAGGAACCCCUUUCACUUUCGGAGAAGAUUCGCCGAACUUUCGAAACUGUAACCUAAAUAUUUCUGUAAUUUGCAUCUUGUUGCAUCAGAGGUGCACCUGCAAACACCUCACGGGACAUGCAACUACCUCGCGUGACAUUGUUGCAGCUAAAGAGAUGGAAGAGGCCUCAGAAACGGUGCUACACCCCCAGUUGAUCUGGUACCCACCACUCCUUAUUAAACCAUCGGCCAUCAGGGCUAAUCAUAGGGCAAGAAAUUCAUCAGGUAGUUCGCUGACAGCUCUUCCCGACAGAGGUUCCGCCCGGCGCAUGAACUGGUUCUACGAUUACGUGGAGGGGCCACAGGAGUUGGAUGACACACUUGCCACUCUCUCGCCCGGGACGGAAGUAAGACACUGCCAUUUGAAUCGCGAAGCAAAUUCCUAAGUAAAGAACCAUCACUGCCAGCCCAGCCUAGUUAUCUUAUAUACUACUUAAUACAUCUAAAUAUUGAAAUGAUGAUGUUAAAUUGACAUUACUUAGGGUCUUAUAUUAUUGUCUAUGUAUCUAUUUUAAGUAAAUAUUUUUUUUAUAAUUUUUAUGUAAAUAUUGUAUUGUUUAUUUCAAAUUCAUUAUUUUGGCUAAAUAAAUUGUAAAGUCAAAAGAUCA